AUGACAAGAUCACCUGUACACAACGGAACGACCAAUGAUGGAUCUCAAGACUCAAUACCAAAGCCUUUAAAGUAUCAAAUACCAGAUAAUGACUUCUAUAGUUAUCUCAUUGGAACAUGGAAGAGGAACCUCGAAUGGAAGGAGUUUGGCGGACUGUUUCCUCACAUUAGGACAAGCAACACAGUUGUAAUGAUUGAAGAGUUCCCAAAGUAUGAUACAGAUACAAAUGCCAGACAUUUAAAGUGGAGCUUUGGCAAGAGUCUAUCAAAGAGUGAGAUGCGAUUCGGUUACUCAAUGAAGUUUCUUUCAGCGCCCAAGAACAUAGAGACAUAUCUAGAGUGGACAUACAUUGGCACCAUAUGUCAUGGCAAAUACCUGCCCGCCACCAACACAGCCGUACUCAACUUCUUCCAACCUCUCUCAACCGUCUUGGUAACAUAUAGAAUCAUAGAUGAAAACACAAUGUCAGUAUGUGUAGUGGAAGUAGAUGAGAAGCAAACACCAUCCAUUCAGUAUGGUAACAUGUAUAAGAUCGAUCCGGCACUCUAUGCCGCUGAGAAUAAA